AUGGCCGAAGCACCCUCACAAGUGCGACAGAACUAUGAUAGCUCCUGUGAGGAUGCAGUCAACACCCAUAUCCGGCUGCUGCUCUAUGCUUCCUAUGUGUACCUGUCUAUGGCCUUCUACUUUGACCGUGAUGACGUAGCCCUGGAGAAUUUCAAGCGUUUCUUCCUGAGCAAGUCACACAACUGCAAGGCCACUGUGGAGAUGUUCGUGUUCCUGCAGAAUAAGCGUGGUGGCCAUGCUAUUCUGCCCAGCAUCGCGAAACCAGACCGCAGCAGCUGGCAGGGGGGCCUCCAGGCCAUGGAAUGCUCCUUCUGCAUGGAGAUGACCAUCAACCAGAGCCUGCUCGACCUGCACAAGCUGGCCAAGGGAAAGGGUGAUGCUCACCUCUGCGACUUCCUGGAGCAGCACUGUCUGGAAGAGCAGGUCAGUGUCCUCAAGAAGAUGGGUGGCUACCUGACCAACCUGCGCCAGAUGGGGGCACCGGAGAAAGGCUUGGCCGAGUACCUCUUUGACAAGCUCAGCCUGCCCUGAAAGCUUCAACUGGACUGAACUGGGAUGUCCCCACUGCCAUGGGGUCUUCCUCUGGUCAUUAGACCUGGUGUCAGUUCAUGUUACUUUUGCAGCAAGUUCACCCGUUUUCUGGUUCUGUUCGAAAUAAAGUUGUCUGUUUGAAA